GAGAUGCAGGGUAUGCUCAUCGAGAGCCUCGCUACCUCUCGCGCCUCUUCGCUCCCAGCGUCCUCUCUGUACACCGCGAUGAUGUCCAGUCGGCCCGCGCUGAAGGAGUACCAGAGCUCACGGCACGAGGGCCUGAUGGACAAGAAAGAGUGGGUAGGCGCCAUCGAGGACGUGCUCGAGGCUGGGUGCUCGUCUAGUGGUGUCUUCGGGAAGGUGGAAAGUAGUCUCAAGGACACCGACCAUCAGCUGGAAGCUCAGUGGUUCUACGUGCCUGAGAAGGACGAGGACCAAGAGCGUGCGAUGCUCAUCCGGAGCAUGAUGCCCCGUCCGGGGAAGAGAAAUGAGACGAAGAAAUCCAAGCAGUAUUACUGGCGCCCGCUCGGCAAGAUCUCCAGGUGGGAUCCCGAGGACGAUUUGUAG